AUGAGCUCGUCGUCCCGCCGACCCAUCGUCGCCCAGGCGUCCGGACCCGAGGACUCUGCGCCCCGCCGUGACUCCCAUGACCGGCCCGUGACGCCCCCGAACCUCUUGGAGGACAAGGCGCCGUUCCCCUCGACCCGCCCUAAGCCCCUCCUCGAGGAUGUCUCCCUAUAUACGAACAACCACAUCGCUCAGGAUACUGGGAACACCACUCUGGAGGAGCUGGCUCACCUUGUCCGUCUGUCCAAGUAUCAGGAGCGCAAGCGCGCGAGCACACGUACCCGUCUGCAGAGGACCCUUGUCUCUACCGCCCUGAGUGCCCGGCUGACCCGUUGCGGAGAGAUUGCCCACCGGAACCUGGUUGAGAGCUUUCGCCGGGAUGAGAAGGAAAACUUUGCUUCCCUGUACAACGCCAUCCAUGAUGUCCGCAAGAGCUGCGACGAGCUCAGGCGCUAUGCCCUGUUGGAGCCUGACCUGGAGUCCCUGGCCUCCCCCAUUCUCGGCUCCCCCGAGAACCCGGCCUUCCAGGCUAACUCUGUCCCUCCAGCUGACUUGAUGCGCCCCAUGGUUCCUUUUCUGGAUGAGCUGACCGCUUCCUCGAGGGACACCUUCCUCGGCUUCCUGACCGAGCUCCGCACAAACCCAGACUUCCUAGCCACCAGGAUCUGUGCCCUGACCAGCUCCGAGCUGAAUGCGUUCCUCACCUUCCACAAGGGCCUCGAGCCCGUUGAGUCGGUCCUCCCCUUCCACGGCCGCCAGGCUUCUCGCUCGCACGCAAGCGCGUCGGCACGGAGCGCCACAAACGUCGAUAUUGAGCGCCUCCUGUCAUUCCAGCGCCAUGACCCGCUGUCCAUCCUGAUCCACACGUGCUUUGCCAACUCCGCCGGCCCGGACAGCUCUGAGGAUCAGAGGCGUACCGAGAUAUGGGCGACCGCCCUGGCCAGGCUCAUAUCCGAGCCCAAGUCCACCGGGGAGCAUUUUCUCAUCUCCGUACUGAAUAUCUGGACUGCCAUGCGGGAUUGGUCUGGCCGUGCCAACAUGGAAUGGUACCUCAUGAAGAUCCUCAAGGAAGGCGCCUUUCUCCUGGAGCGUGCAGAGGACCAGCACGGGACCCGCUUCAACCUGUCCGAUUGGAAUCAGGCCGACGAGGUGGCCGCCAGGGAGUUCUACGACCGCGCCGUAGACGGGCUCUUUGAGGUGGUCGAUGAUGACGAUGCUACGGGUAUCCCCGAGGGCCUCCUCGAGCUCGGAAACGCCAUCCUCAACAAGCUCAGCCACAAAUACAUUGAUAACACGUCGCGCUGGCUCGUCUGGCGCUGCCUCUUCUUCGUCUUCCUGCUCGGCGUCAUCAUCCAUCCCGAGUCCUACGGCAUGCUGGUCGACUACCACAUCACCCCGUAUGCCCGCGAGAAGAUCCUGCGCAAGGUCGCCAUGAAGGCCCACGAGUACGUGUCUAGCAUGUGGAGCGGUAAGCCCUCUGCCACCUGCGUCCCCGUCGAGACGCCCCCCAAGAUCAAGGCACACGUCGAGAACAUCCUGGCCAGGUUUCAGGGUUCCCGCUCCAGGGUCCCCGCCGCCAAGCUCCUCCCCGCCAGGUCCGUCACCUCCCUCAGGGAGACGGUAGAGGUGCAUCCGUACCUCGUCCUCAGUCCCGCCGACAUGGCCACUCUGGUGAACGCCCUGUUCCCGGAGCGCCGCCCGCUGUCGGCCACGUCCAACAGCCUUCGGUCCGGCCCGCCAUCGGUGUCCGGCAUGUCGGCUAUAUCCCAGACCAUGCCGACCGGAAACCCUAGGAACAGCAGCUACGAGACGGCAUCCAUCAUCAGCACCAGCGCCUCGUCCAUAUUCAGUGACGCCACCACAUCCCGCGAGGCGCUUCGCGACGGUCUCUUCGAGGAGGCCGCCGCCGCCGCCGCCGCCGCCGCCUCCACCUCCGGCACGACCACGCCGCAGCGCUACUCGCCCGAGGCAGAGGCCCAGAUGCGCCGAGCCGGUUACGAGGACGACGGCUACCGUCUGAGGCUCGCUCUGCACGAGCUGGGCCGCACCAUUGGACCCGAAGCUCUCCGCGGAUCCUGCCACCCCUGCGCUGAGCGCUGGAUGGUCCUCUUCGUGUCGACGAACGGCAAGAACCUGUCCACCCACAUGACGUACGACCCGGACGACGACCUGGACGACGCUGCAGACAGCUCAUCCAACGCGGACAGCGACGACGAGGAGCCCGAGGCUGCGGGGCCGCUCGACAAGGACUACCAUCAGCUCCGCAGCUCGAUUCUCAAACUCGUCGAGGACUAUGAAAUUCCGCGCAACCUCGAGAACCAGGGCAGCACCCCGCUCAGCAACAGGGCCUCGGGACUCAAGAAGUACAAGUCCAGGAGCAAGAUCAUCACACCGGAGAAGACCAUGUCCAGCCGCAACCCUUACAGGAGGCAGAUGCAGCAGGAACAGCAGCAGAAGCAGGCAGAUGCGAAGAUGGCGUCCGUGAGCGAAGAACCAGACUCGUCGAGGCCUAGAGGCAAGGACGAGCCCGAGUCGGAUCCCGUCCUGGUGGCCAUGCUCAAGUCUGCGUCGUCCCAGUCCAGAGCCCAGGCAGACUUCGUCUCGGCACACAUGUACUGGAAGACGUUGCGCCAACUCCAGGCCCUGGAGUCGCCGUCUCUGCGCCAGGAUGGGUUUGCCACUCUGAUCAACAUCCUGUCCCGGGGACCGCGCGACUCGAUUCGACGGUCGGCGGCCGCCAUCGAAGAGUACGAUGCCUGGCUCAUCUGGCUCAAGCAGAGCCAGGAGAGGCACGAGGGCCUCAUCGACCGCAUGAUGAGGCAGGUGGGAGCCAUCCGUGACAAGAUGUGGUACGUCACCGACGUGCGCAAUUCGAAAGAGUACACCCACAGCCGCGACAUCUGCCAGGCCCUGCGGACGAUGGGCAUGCCCCGACGCUCCAACCCCUUCUCCAGCCUCCGCGCCAACAUCCCCCGGGGAGCGUCCAGCGCGUCCUACCUGUACCGCGCCGAGUCGCAGAUCAUGGACCUCCUCGCGGCAUCGGAGGAGCAGGGGGGACCCAACAAGCUGAGCGACGAUCAGGCGGAGCUGACGACGGCCUGGCUGCAGCAGCUCGGCAUCGAGAACUUCUGCCAGGGGGAGGAACGCAUCCACCGGUUCUCGUGCGAGGUGGACCGGUGCAUCUCCAAGCUGAUUGGCGAGACGGUCCGCGAGGCGCCCGUGCUCUGGUCGAGCGAGCUCUACAGGCGCGACAAGAUUGUCUAUGAUCGUCUGCGCGCGCGUGAACGCGAACUCUCCUCACCCGGCGGCGCGGACGAUGCAGCCAGCAUCAUCAGUGGCGAGGGUGACAGGAAGUACGGUUCCUCCUCCGGCAGGGGCGGCAGUUCGCUGCACAGGGACAUGAGGAGCGUGUCGGGCUACAGCUCCAGUCAGCUAUCGCUGGAUGCGUCGAGGCACGGCAUCCCGAGAGCCAGCGCGCCGCUAUCGGACAUACUGGACGGUCCGGACUACCUCGAGAAGUCGCCCGUCCACGCACCCGGCGACGCUGCAGGCACCUUCUGGUCGCCGUUCCAGCCAGCCAUGUCCCCCGGCUCGGGCAACUCCAGGGCGUACUCGCCCACCACGAGCCUGACCAAUCUGUCGACGACCUUCUCCGGACACACGCAUCACACGCCUCUGGCAUCGAGCUCGAGCUACUCCAUGGGGCGACCCGGGACGUCGGCCUCGUCCAACGAGACGAUCAACAACCAGCAGCAGAGGGCCGAUGACGAGAAGACGCGGUUCCUCAGCGACCUCAGGCGGUCGCUCACGAGCCUGCUCCUCUCGGACCUGGGCAGCCAGGUCCUGUCCAAGGGAUCCGAGACGGACGCCUGGUUCAACAAGACUGGCCAGCAGUGUAUCGACCGCAAGGACGCGUUCGACAGGCGGGCCAAGCGGCGGUCGGAGAAGAAGGAGAGGUACGAGAAGCAGCACGCGGCGCGGAGCUCGACGACGCGCCCGAGGGUGAUUGAGAAGAAGAAGAGCUUUGGGAACCUCAGGGGUGCGGGCGACACGGACAAUGAGGCUUCGCCCGCCCCCAGCGAGGCAUCGACCGCUGUGGGACGGAGCGGGCGGCAGCAGCAUGUGCAGAUACAGGUACAGGCGCAGGCGCACGGACCGGUGCCGUCUCAGACCCAGACACCGAAAGACGAGUCGCCCGAUUUCCCCUUCCGCAAGGCAUACGAGAGGCUUCUCAACAUGUUCUGCGUGCACUCGUGCCCGCACGCCAAGCUGAAUGCGCUCAACGAGCUGGAGAAUCUGAUUGUGGCGUCGCUAUCGUCGAGCGGAUCCAAGAAGUCGCGGUGGAACCGGUCAGACGCCGGUUCCAGCGUGGCGGAAGAGUACGGGCCCGUACACCGACCCACGCCGCUGGAAGGCACCAUCGACAACGUGCGGGAGCGACGAUCGCAUACCCUGCAGGCCGGUGCUUGCGGAGGUGUCGGUGGCGGCGGCGGCGGCGGCGGCAGCAGCAGCGGAGGAGGAGGAUACAGCAGUCGGCAGGGGGCUGAGACGCGGUCGAUUGUAUCUUCGGGCGCGAGCACGACGGAUGCAAUCACGCGUGAGCUGCAGAAGCUGUUCCGCGACGCGUCGAUACGGCCCAAGACACUGUUCCGCGACCUGCAGCUCAUCGCGUCGUUUGUCCCGCCAUCCGUGCUGGAGAGGCCGGAGCGCGGCAGAGCAUUCUGGAACGCCGGUCUGGCAGCGCUGAAGCUCAAGUCCGAAGUGUGCCGGACAAUGAUGGAGAUGGCGGACGAGGUUGUGGCAGCGCACACUCACGCGCGCAAAGCGUCUGCCGAAGCUGCGGUUGUGGCGGCGGCGGGGGCAGCAGAUCAACAGCAGCAGCCCCAAUCCCAGACCUCCACACCACCCCCGCCAUCGACAUCGUACCGUCUCGAAGAUGCGGGCCGGAUGUGGACGAUCACCGCCAAAGAGGGGUAUCCGACAGCGCAGAGGGAACUGGCACUGUUCUACCUGUCCAACCCGGAGUCCGUGGAGAGGACGACUCUGCCCCUGUCCAAGCCCAGGGAGGUGUUCAAGCAGGUUGUCAUGGAAAAGUACGGGCGCGGUCCGUCUGGUGUCGGUGGGAUCGGAGGAGGUCUGGGAGUGGGUGAGAGUGGCGACGGUGCAGGCGGAGGUGUUGGUGAGGGUGAUGUCAGGAAUGACGCCGGGUUGAUGUGUGUCGCCGUGCAUUGGAUGGAGGCAGCUGAACGGGGAGGCGAUGAGCUUGCCACAAGUUUCCUGAGGCAGAAUGAGUUUAUGGGGCGGUAA